CCGCCUUCUGCGCGUGACCUCGCCUCGCCCCCGCCGUAUUCCUCUGUCACUUCCUGAUUCCCGCUUCCUGCUUCCCAGAAACCGGGAUCCGGAGCCGCCCGAGGUCGCCGCAACCCCCGGCGCCCCUGGCGAGCGGCGAGCGACAUGUCCUUCCGAAAAGUGGUGCGGCAGAGCAAAUUCCGGCAUGUGUUCGGGCAGCCGGUCAAGAAUGACCAGUGUUACGAGGACAUUCGAGUGUCCCGGGUUACCUGGGACAGUACCUUCUGCGCGGUCAACCCCAAAUUCCUGGCAGUGAUUGUAGAAGCCAGCGGUGGGGGUGCCUUUCUGGUGCUCCCCUUAAGUAAGACCGGCCGCAUUGACAAGGCCUACCCGACAGUGUGUGGGCACACGGGACCUGUUCUGGAUAUUGAUUGGUGCCCCCACAAUGAUGAGGUCAUUGCCAGUGGCUCAGAGGACUGCACAGUCAUGGUGUGGCAGAUUCCAGAGAAUGGGCUGACCUCCCCUCUGACGGAGCCAGUAGUAGUGCUCGAGGGGCAUACCAAGCGUGUGGGCAUCAUCACCUGGCACCCCACAGCCCGAAAUGUGUUACUCAGUGCAGGUUGUGACAAUGUGGUGCUCAUCUGGAAUGUGGGCACUGCAGAGGAGCUGUACCGCCUAGACAGCCUGCAUCCUGACCUCAUCUACAACGUCAGCUGGAACUACAACGGGAGCCUCUUUUGCUCGGCUUGCAAGGACAAGAGUGUCCGCAUCGUCGACCCCCGGCGGGGCACCUUGGUGGCAGAACGUGAGAAAGCUCAUGAAGGGGCCCGGCCCAUGAGGGCUAUCUUCCUGGCUGAUGGCAAGGUGUUCACCACGGGUUUUAGCCGCAUGAGUGAGAGGCAGCUGGCACUCUGGGACCCAGAAAACCUGGAGGAGCCCAUGGCCCUACAGGAGCUGGACUCGAGCAAUGGGGCCCUGCUGCCAUUCUAUGAUCCUGACACCAGUGUGGUCUAUGUCUGUGGCAAGGGUGACUCUAGCAUCCGGUACUUUGAGAUCACAGAUGAGCCCCCCUACAUCCACUUUCUGAACACAUUCACCAGCAAAGAACCUCAGAGAGGCAUGGGCAGCAUGCCCAAGAGGGGCUUGGAGGUCAGCAAGUGUGAGAUUGCCCGGUUCUACAAACUGCACGAGCGCAAGUGUGAGCCCAUUGUCAUGACUGUGCCAAGGAAGUCAGACCUCUUCCAGGACGACCUAUACCCUGACACGGCUGGGCCGGAUGCAGCCCUAGAGGCAGAGGAUUGGGUGAGUGGGCACGAUGCUGAUCCGAUCCUCAUCUCACUACGUGAAGCCUAUGUACCCACCAAACAACGGGACUUGAAGGUCAGCCGGCGCAACGUGCUGUCCAACAGCCGACCUGCCAGCUCCAGCCGCUCUGGAGCUUCCACACCCGCUGCCAUUGCUGAUGCCCCCAGUGGCAGCCUUACUGGGGCUGGGGAGUCUGGGAAGCUGGAGGAAGUGAUGCAGGAGCUGCGGGCACUGCGGGCGCUGGUCAAGGAUCAGGGAGAGCGCAUCAGCCGCCUGGAACAGCAGCUUGGCCUUAUGGAGAAUGGGGAUGCAUAGGACAACCAGCCAGGGACCUGCUCCCAACAUCGCCUCCUCCUCCACCCCCUUCUCCCCUAGCUUCUGCUGCCAGGUCACACAAGGCAGUUGGCUACUCAGCACAUCUGGGGCAAGUCGUGGCCAGUUUGCACCUCUCUGCAGGUUGGAGGCACCACCUGGCUUUCAGGUUUUUUACCAUGGCAAGCUCCCAAGCACUCUAAGGGACCAUCUCCCCCACCUGCCCAGCUGUCUGCCCCCUCACCAGAGAAAGCAGCAGAAAUGGAUUCUAUAUUUUCGUUCCAAAUAAAAUUCUCUUUCUAAA